AUGGCCACGCCUCGGCUUCCGUUCCUCUACCCGAGUUUGAUGCGUGCUGUUCGCUCAUGCGAACCGAACACGUAUCGAUCUCUUCAAUAUGCCGGUCUCAAGAAAGGUUUCCAUACUACCCGGCGACAGGGCCAAGAAACCUACCAACGGCGUUACGGACCAGCCGUUGAACCCAGCCUACCACCACCAUUACGGCCGAAGGACAGCCGUUCAACACAGAAUACGGAUGAAAUGUCUGGGAAAGAAACAGUCCCCACAACGGACCAGAACGCUUCAGUGUCAGAAGAGUCGCAACCACAGCCACAACCACAGCAGGAGUCGCAAUCGCCGCAGGAGGAUAUGCAUGCGGGUGGCGCAGAUGCUGCUGCUUCCGCUGCGUCGGAGCAAGCAGCUGCCGAACCGACCAAGCAUCAUGCCACAUUAGAACCCGCGCUGGAUGAAGAAGACUUAGCUACCGAGGCUGAGGCGUCUAAUACUUUCACGCCUCCACCUUCAAUGUCUGCAUCCGGUGACGUGGGGGAGGAGAUGUCGCAGAUGCCGCCAUACAUGAACCGUAGCGCUUUCGAAGAAGUCUACCAUAUGCCCUCCCCGCCCGGCCUCACCCCGACGGAAACGCUAGCAUCACACAAGCCGCCCCACAUGAGCCCGGCGCCAUAUGUACACCAUUUCGAUACCUAUUCCCUUGUGCUUGAUCUAUCAAAGGGUGGAUAUAGCAACGAGCAGUCUAUCACUAUCAUGAAAGCCGUCCGCACCAUUCUUCAGAACAAUCUCGAUUUUGCAAAGCAGAGCUUGACCUCCAAGUCAGAUGUUGAAAACGAGGAGUACCUUUUCAAGGCGGCCUGCUCGGAGCUUCAGCAGUCUUUGCAGACUGCACGGAAUUCCGAAAUUCAGAGACAGCGUGCAUCUAGGACGCAGUUGGAACAUGAAACUGACAUUUUGUCCCAGCGUCUCAACCAGGAGCUGUCGGGUAUGAAGGAUGACAUCAAGGGCAUGUUCAACGACCACAAGAUGGCCACGCGCGAGAACCAGCGCAUCAUCGAUACUAUGGUUCAGGAAUUAAACUACAAGAUCACCGUCUCACUCAACAGCGAUGGCAAGAGCGAAAUCGAAGGCCUGCGUUGGAUUCUGACAAGACGUGCGGCUCUGACGGUCGGCAUUUGUGCCUUCAUGAUCAUCGUCUUCCUCAAAUACUCUUCGGUCCGUAGAGUCCAGGAACCCAAGAUAGCCAAGGAGGUUGAGAAGCCUGUCAAGAAGGAGACCACCACCGAAACUCGGGUUGUCCACGACGCCGGAAUUCAAACCGAGGCAUCAUCCGUGGUCGAGGCACAUCUAGGCGAAUCCUUGGGUUGA